UCUUAAUUGUCAACCUACUGACGUCACACGGCGGAUUGGACAUUAUUAGACUUCCUGUCGGCGUAGAUUGUGGUCUCGGUGUCAGCCUGAAGCGUCUCGGCUAGCUUAGCUUGCUAGCUGCUAACAAAGAGACGCGGAAGUCGCUAAGCAGAGACCGAGUGUGAGUGUAAAGUGGGAUCGUGUGAAAAUGUGUCAAGUCCAAAUGCUGAGAGCGUUGGUGAAUCAGCGACUAACUGCGGCUGUUGAAGAAAUAUUUGUAGUGUUGGAAAGAACCAUAGCAGAGUACGAGGAGGAACUUUCUCGAACAAAAGAGGAGAACGAGCGACAACGUCAACUACUGGACGCCGUUUUCAGGAAGCAGGAAGUUGUGUUGCACAGAGCAGACGCCAGUGAAGAAGGUCUCCCCCCUGAGCGGCAGGGGUGGAGCUCCAGAGUGGAGCAGGAGGAGCCACCGAUCAAAGAGGAGGCGGAUGGUCACAGCAUCAGCCAGGAGGGAGAGCAUCCGGAAGGAGCGGAGGAGUUCCCAGUGAUCGGUGUCAUUGUGAAGAGUGAAGAUGAUGAAGACGACGGUGAAGGUGAGGAGAAGAGAGAGGCGGAGCCUCCAACAGAAGCUGAUGGAGACCACUGUGGAGGAUCACCAGCAGACAAGCUCUUAGCUCCACUAUCAGAUAGUGAGCACACGACGUCACACUCUCCUGACACUGAUGAUGAUGAUGAUGAAGACUCUACAGCUGAUAUGACAUGUCACCCUGACAACACACGCUUGAAAUGCCACCACUGCGACAAGAGCUUCGGCGACAAGUCAACCUUGACAAGACACAUGAGGGUCCACUCGGGAGAAAAACCAUUUAGCUGCUCGGUUUGCAGCAAAAGCUUCAAACUGAAGGACACUUUGAUCAGACACUCCAGGAUACACACUGGGGAGAAACCAUUCAGUUGCUCGGUUUGCGGUAAAGGAUUUGCUGUCAGGGGAAAUUUCAUCACGCACACAAGAACACACACUGGAGAAAAACCAUAUGUCUGCUCAUUCUGCGACACAGGUUUCCGUGCCCGCCCAGCAUUGGUUAAACACUUGAGAACGCACACUGGGGAGAAACCCUUUCCCUGCACAGUCUGCGGCGAAAGAUUCUCUCAAAAGGAAACGUUGAAUAGACAUCUAAGAACCCAUUCUGGGGAGAAACCGUUUACCUGCUUAGUGUGUGGUAAAACCUUCUCUAUAAAAGGACAAUUGAUUGCUCACACGAGGACGCACACAGGAGAGAAACCUUUCACCUGCACCGUCUGCAGUAAAACAUUUUCUCUGAAGGGAAACUUAAUAAGACACACGAGAACGCACACUGGGGAGAAACCGUUUUCCUGCUCAGUCUGCAACAAACGUUUUAGCGACAGUUCGGGAUUGAUCAUUCACAGGCGAACGCACACAGGGGAGAAACCCUUUCCCUGCACAGUCUGCGGUCAGCGAUUUUCUAUAAAGGGACACUUGAUAACGCACACGAGAACCCACACCGGAGAAAAACCAUUUUCCUGCUCGGUGUGCCAGGCGGGUUUUCCUUCUCACUCAGGACUGGCUCAGCACAUGAGCAAACACGACUGAAAUGCUUUUAGCUUCGACUCGGGGGAGUUUGAAGCGUUCCUUCACGUCUCCGAAAGCGGCCUUGGGUUGGCUUUUGGAGCCGCAUGGUGUGUUCAGGGACACGUGAGUAGACGUGAUGCCAAACGCGUAGCGAGAGUAUAAAGUUGCUGAUAAAACUGCAUCUCUUUGUUCUUCUAUCUAAUGGCGAGCUCGGUGUAUUCCUUCAGGGUACGGAAAUGUUCCAGCACGUGUUCCCGGGCAGAUGCAGCCGCAGUGCUUCCUGGGUUUUUAAUGGCCGCCAUGCACCUGCGGUCGAAUGAACAGUCGCAUGUUCUAACAUGGACGAUUUCAUGUUGCUGGCCUUCAUGGCGUCCGCUCAAAGACACGCCUGUCCUUGGCGGUGGGUCGCUUUCUCUAAUCAAUGCCGCUAUGAGAAGUGGGAUUGGCGGACUUCCACGCUACAUGCUCAAGGCUCGCCGUGUCACGCACAGGCGCUUGUUUACACUUCCUACUGAACUCUACUGCUACCUCUCCCAGACACUUCAUACCUCCACAGGCAGACCAUCAAUGCCCUUCUCACUUCCUGUUUACCGGUCUUUGCUACUUCCUGGUUCCUGGCAGACACCUCUUCUACUCUUCCUUCUCUCUCCUUUUCCUCAUUCAUCAACUCUUUAAAGUAGUCUUUCCAUCUUCCCAUCCCACACUGGCAUCUGUCAGUACCCUUCCGUUCCUAUCCUCGACCACCCGAACCUGCUGGAAGUCCUUCCCAUCUCCGUCCUUCUGCCUUGCCAACCUGUAGAGAUCCAUCUCUCCUCCUCCUGUUCAACCUAGCGUAGAAGUCAUCAUAGACCUCCUGUUGGCCUUUGCCUCCUCUACUUUCGUUUUGCAGCAUGUCUUCUUGUCUCGUCACUAACAGUGGAAAACUCUUGUCGUAUAGAUGAUCUUUGAUCAGGAUUGUGCACUCCAUCUUUAAAAAUAGCAGAGCCCAUUGGUAAUACAGAAGAAGUUUGCAGUAUUUAAAAACAGGCAGAGCAUUCUCGUCGCAUCCACAAUCUUUGACCAGCAUUUAGCUUGUAAUUUGCCUUAAAAAGCGCGUGGAACUCCUGUCAUAUAGAGGAUCUUUGAUCAGCGGUUGUCGCCUGUGGAUUUCAAAACGGCAGAGCCCUCUUCCAUUUAAAGGAUCUUUGAUGUCAGACGUGGUCACGUGUAUUCAAUACUUGCCAGCAUCCCUUAAAGCACCACGUUGUUUGUCUUCCACACAUUUAGUCUGGAUGAAUAAAGUGUAUUAAUAAUAUUAUUCCAUAAUAUUCGGGCUUUAUUCCCAUCUUACUAACUUCAUCAUUUUACUGUUUAACAAACAUUUCAACCAUUUUAUUUCAAAUGCUUUUUAAUAUUUUAUAUUUCAACUCUAUGCUACUAAAAUGAAGGGUUUUUUUUUUUUUAUUAUUUCAUAUUUAUUCUUGUUUUUUCUGGUAAUUUGUGACUUUAAUCCCAAAAGAUUUUGACUUUAUUCUCAUGACGUCAUAUCAUAUUAUACCUUUCCUAGCAUUUUCCAAAAAUUCCAACUUCAUUGAGUGUUUUCUUUGUUGUUCAUAUGAUAACGACCUUAAAACAAUGAUUAAAUAUUCCAGCUGUACGCUACUAA